GCUCCAGUACCGAACAGCGUGACGCGCAUGCGGCGCGUAGUUGUAGUGGAAGUAGAUGAGACUAUCAUGUCCCGUUCUUGUUAUCCGCCACAAACCUAGUGUGCGCCAUCAACCCGUAUGUUUUAGAUUCUUACCUCCCCUAGAAAAAAAUACAAGCAUCAUCUCAGUCAAUACUACUUACGAGGCAAAGUAGACUAGUCUGGUAUAUACUUACUGAUAAAGAUAAUUGGUUAUAAUCAUCAAGAAUUAUGGCGCGGUUUCAUAUAUCGAGUUGGAUAGGGACGACGACCGUUGGCGCCACCGCACUAGGAGGAUGCCUCGCGGCUUUGCUCUACGCCGUGUACUUGGAAAAUGGUUCAGCUGGAGGAGAUCAUGAAGGACAAGGAUUCCCAUUACUAGGGUCCAGAGUUGCGGGCUCUCGACUCGCACGCAGCUUGUGCGACGCACCAUUCGCAGCGUGCGUCUUCCUUUCCGUCUUGGGCUAUUUCUUAAGGCCGCCAUGCGUAGUAUGCUAAAGCACCAGUUCUGUAUGUUAUCUCUCUUACAGAUAGACAGACAAGAAGCACCCUCACGAAGUUCAGGAACUGACCUCGAGGACCAUACUUGACGAAGGAGUGGGGAUAAUCACCACUGGACUUCCACCUAUCCCUUUUCUUCCUAUGAACUAUAGGGAUAGUAGUCUUUUGAUAUUCAUUCUCACUGUUUGAUUUCUACCAGCUAUACCUAAUCUAAAGCUACUGGUGGUCAGGAUCGUUCCUAGUUUUGCUCCGAAAUUCGUAGACGCUGGUUUGUGCGGUGUGGACUUGAGCAAGAAGACCACCGCUCGUAACGCCGACGGAUCCCUGAAACGACCAGUAGAGUUAAGGACGACUGGCACCCUCCAGAGUGAUUAGCGUACGAUCCACAGUAAGAGUAAGCAGCGUACGAAACUUACUAUAGUGAGACAAGAACUACUUACACUAAAAUGCGAAGUAUCUUCUAUACCAAAAUCCUAUAUCAACCAAUCAAUUAGAAUUAUCCAGACCAAGAAAACUCAUAAUCAUGGUCUAACAGCCAAGGAGUUUCUACCCUUGUUGUAGCACUUGAUAUACUAAUCUACGGUGUGAAAGUACCUGAGGCACUGGGAGUGAUCGCUGGAACUGUGUACCUGUUUUGUGUUACUGCGUUUCUCCCCUUCGCAUUUUCCGCGGGCCCCCGAACGGCGGGCAUAGCAAGGACGGUGCCCUUCACAACUGGUAUGGCAAAGAGAAUUGGUAAUGGGUAAAUUUAUUAGUGGGCAAGGUAGUUGUACUAUGAAUGUGCCUGUGGCAGGAGUAUGAAGCAACCACCUUGAAAAAGUAUUGUAAUUAUCCCUUCUUACGCUUUGAAAGUAUAGAUCUUUACGUAUCAGAAUUGUGAGGAAACUACCUGACACUCUACAGAUGUAACUAGAAGUUAAUUUCGACGUCACUUCAUCUUCAAGGGCAGUAAUGCUGCGGAGCGUGUAGAUGUCCCAACCGGAAUGUUGGGACCUGGGUCAACCGCGGGUGCGGCCUUUGUUUAUGGCUUACUAUGUAGGUCACUUACUUAUUCAUAGGUCAUUUUGUUGCUUCUUUUUCUUCCCUUGAGGAUCUGGAGAAAUGAACGCAGAAUUAAUGUGAAUUUCCUGUUACUUAGAAUGAUCGCAGAAUAGGAAUUUCUUGUUAGAAUGAUCGCAAAAUAGGAAUUUUUGAUGUAAGUAGGAAGCGCUAAUGUGUGUUGCAGUACGCGGGAGCUGCAUUUUCAAAGCUGGCAGCAUCAGUGCCCAUAGGUGUCGUGCAGAAGGGUUUAGAAGGAAGCAUAGAGGCCGAAAUCGAAGCGACGCUACUGAACGAUACGAGGGAGCCCGGGCAUGGUUCGAUGACCAGUGACGUCAAGAUGAAGCAGCCCUCGUCAGAUGAAGCAGUAAAUCUAGCAGCUGAUCAUGCCAUUUCAUCUACAGCAGAUUAUGCGGUAGAUUCGAAAAUGAAGUCUCGUAAGAGCGACGUAGGCGAGAAAGGACAGCAAGAAGGGGCUUCGCGGAUAGAGCAGUUGUCGGCUCAGAAUAGUAGCGGCGGACGAAAUAUAGCAGACGGAAGUGGAGAUGACGAGACCCUGGCAGCUAUACAUGAUAGUGGUAGUGCGAAAGCGGCGCUGCAAGCACAAGUUGACACGCUUUCGCGGAUGGUGCAGUUUCUCGCAGCGAUAUUGUCCAUCAGCUCUAUGAGUUUUUUCGGAUUUUGCGACAACGUUUUGAAUCUUCGGUGGCGCGACAAAUUUCUGCUUCCAACACUCGCCAGUCUACCGCUGUUGUUGGUAAGUACAGUAUCAUCAUGAACACCUACAUCAUUCUUAUCUAUCAUCAUCAGUCCGUAGUGAAAUUUUAGGUAUCAUGAUGGCUUUUUGAAUCCUUCCCAGAGGACCCAGGACUCAUCCUUUUUCUGAUGGAGAUAACAACCGAAUCAGGUGUAUUUCGCAACAUUGGGUACGACGUCAGUUUUGCUGCCCUUGCCGCUUCGCUGGCUAGUGUCGUUCGACAUCGUCAAUUUGGGUCCUUUCUUCUACAUCUUCCUCUGCCUCAUCACCGUUUUCUGCGUUAACGUUAAGGCUUCGAAUGCUGAGCUACUCGAGCCAUCUUCUUGAGAAGCUUUUUUCUUCUGCUACACAUCGAUCUGUUAUCGGGUAUGAAAGAAUAGGAGAGGGGAAAGAAAGCAUUUCCAUUUUCUAAAAACGCGAUUAACAUUUAUGCGGGAGUAAACGGGCUGGAGGCGGGACAGAGCUUGAUCAUAGCGGUCUCAUUAGUUUGCAACAACGUGAUACAGCUACUCAGAUUGCCGGACGACUUCAUCCUGGGCAGAGAGCGCCACGUCUUCAGCAUCUACAUCCUCCUUCCCUUUAUAGCGACAACCUUGGGCUUGCUAAAGUUCAACUGGUAGACCUACUCCUACGUAAAACAAAAAAAUUCUGGAUGAUGCUUGUGUCGCUCUUCCUCGUGACGGACCUAUGAUCUUUUUUUUUUGCUCAAGAGUAACCAUAGAUAAUUUUGAUAUUGAUUUGAUUUUGAUCACGGACCUAACUAUUAGAAUGAAACAGCUUCUACUUGUUGUUGUUCGCCUUCGUCUUAACACAUUGUUUUAUCGCCUUCAGCCAAUCUCAAAUCUUGAAGGUACCCAUCCCGGGUUUUUGUUGGAGACACUUACUGUUAUUUUGCGGGCAUGACAUUAGCCGUGGCAGGAAUAUUCGGACACUAUUCGAAGACACUAUUGCUUUUCUUGAUGCCGCAAAUUCUGAAUUUCAUCUACGGACUUCCGCAACUCUUGCGACUAGUGGAAUGUCCACGACACCGCUUGCCUGCCUACGACUUAUGAUACAAAAAUAGACACUUCCUUGGUCAGCACUUUUUCUCACUAGGUGCCGUUUAGAACAACCGCAUUGCAAUUUUAACAUUUGCUUUUGUCUAACUUCAAGUAAGAACGACGUCAGCAUGAACUCGUUUGCAACGGUAUGCCCCGAGGAGCUUUCAGGACUCGGCCGAUUAUUUUUUGGCCUGUAUAGAACUCUCCGCCUUUGCAAAGUCGAGUUAUGAGUCCGGUUACAAUAGUAGCAAUAUUUGUUCCUUGAUCUAGCACUAUCGUGUACGGCCCACUGGAUUCAAACUUUCUCAUCUCAGGUUCUACCUUGAAGAGACCACACGAAACAAUGCAAGACACCCUCAUGCUAGAGUGGGUAAAUGAAUGAAUGAACUCACAAUUUACUUCAGCAGAUACAGAUUGAUUAAGAAGUCACACACAUCUUUCGUCCCUUCAUGAUCCGAGAUCCGCGGUGCAGAGGCGGGCGCGAAAAAGGCGUAUCGAAUGAGCAACCUGACGCUAAUUAUUAAGGACGAAUCUAGUUCUACAGAAAUCCAUCUACGCAAUAUUCUUUUUCUCGCCUUACAAGAAUCAUUAGGAAGAACAAGAUAAAGAUGUUCUUCCACCAGAGAACGAAGAUAGGUUUCAUGAAGAUGGAAUUCUGGUAGAAGCAGCUCUAAGAUAGAUUUUGUCCUCUACGUCCUGGGACCAAUGCAUGAAGAAACUCUUGUCAUCGUUUUGCUUCUCCUUCAGACUGCCUUCUCCGCUUUCGCAUUUUGGCUACGCUACUUUGUGUCAACCCUCCUCUAUUCCAAAGUGCUCUGAAAGAUCGAUGAUGGGAGUUUUUAUUAGCGCAGGUGGCUGUGGUGGCGCUGGUUGAUGAAGUAUCAAUCUCGACAGGUGGUGGUGGUUGAUGAAGUAUCAAUCUUGACACGACUUUGAGUCUUUGCUGAAGACACUCACGAAUAGGAACAUGAUAAGGACGCUUAUGCUUCGCAGACUGAGACUGGCAUGCUUGUUACCACGCAAAGAAUAUACGUUGAGAUUUCCAUAGCACAACACACACAGAGCACAAAGAAAUCCGGCGGGAUCGUACGCGUCGCCCGGAGCACAUCAAAACAAACAAACAAGAAG